UUUUUUUUAAAAAUUCGAAAUUUUCCACAAAAUCUUAACUUGUUUGAAAAACUGUCAAAAUUGUCAACCUCUGCUUUCUAUGCACCUUUCCUGACCCAAUCGUACUUCUUUGCUUUCAACAGUUCUUUAACGCUAAAGAAAAAAAACAAAAAAUUUGAGAAAAUUUACCGAAAAAAAACCUUAUCUAUUUUUAGUUAUUCGGAGGCUUUCGAUUUUGUUGUUACAUUUUCCAGUAUUGAACAUAGCGGUCUCGGACGAUAUGGCGAUCCGAUAGAUCCAAUUUCGGAUAUACGAGAGAUUAAGAAAAUACGCUGUUUAUUAAAAAAGAAGGGUCUUUUAUUCUUAGCCGUUCCUGUCGGCAAUGACGAAAUUCAUUUCAAUGCACAUCGUGUAUAUGGACGAAUCCGAUUAGCGAUGCUCUUUGAAGGUUCCUUAAAGUUUGAAAAUUUUUUAGAAGGUCAGAUCAGAUAA